UUUCAGUUCAUACCGCACUACACAACCGGUCAGGAGUAUUCUUUACCUUUUAACUAUAUAUUUAAAAUUUUUUUAAAUUAAUAUUGUGUUUAAAUUAUAUCUAUUUAUAAUUAAGUUAUUUGUGAUUUAAAUAAAUCAGUGUCGUGCUAAAUAAAAGUUAUGUUUCAGCUAAUUUUGAUUAACAUGUAUGUUAAUUUUUUUAUUUUAUAAUAAUUAAUAACGUGUACUAGCAUAUAAUGAAACGAUCCAUAACUUGAGAAUGCCACAGACUUUCCUGACUAAUUGACCACAAAGUCUAAUUAACCAGCUUCCCAAUGGCUCAAAUAAUUCACUUAAUUAUUACUAGCAAAAGUUUUACAUUUAGUAAUACAUAAAAAUAUAUAAUAUAAUAUUAAUGUCUAAACGGAGGCGUAGCUUUCAUCAACUACUUGAAUAUCAUAUGGAUGAUAAAAAUAUGAAUUAUGUUAACGACUAAUAUUAACCAGUUUAUUAUUGUGAAAUGAUCUUUGAAGAAAUAAAGUCUCGAGGACUUUUUAUGUCCGCAAAAAAAGUACGAUUUAAACUCUUUUGCGUGCUGAUCUGCUUCGUGUCUCCCUGUCUCGCUAGGAAUCAUCCACCGCAAUUCCUCAUAAAUGGACAAACUGAGAUUGUGGUGAGACUUAGAGAAGGACCCGAAACCCCCGUUGGAAGUUUAAUUUACAGACUAAGAGGCAUUGAUCCUGAUGGUGAUAAUUUAACAUUUGGUGUAAAAGAUCAACCAGGAGCCGAUGUCAUUCGAGUCGAAAAUUUUGGCACUCAAGAAGCAAAUAUAUAUUUAAAUAAAUUAUUAGAUAGAGAGAUAAAAGAUGAGUAUACAAUUGUGCUGACACUGACCGAUGACAAACUCGGAGAUGGAAACUUUAUUACACAAAGUCUAUUACUGUUGGUGGAUGAUGUUAAUGAUAAUGUACCUAUUUUUCGUCCCCAUCCAACCACCUUGACAGUGAGAGAAGACUCUGGUCCUGGUAUAUUAACUACAGUAGAAGCAAUAGAUGCUGAUGAAGGUGCUCAUGGUCAAGUCGUUUACCAUCUGCAAGAGCUUGAUGGAGAUAAUGAUGUGUUCUCAAUCUCAACUGUCAGUGGUAAAGGUGUUAUUCGUCUCGCUGGUAAGCUAGAUUAUGAAAAAAAAUAUCUCUACCAGUUAAGAAUUAUUGCUGUUGACCGUGCGAUUAAUGGGAGAAUUAACACAGGAACAACUGCAAUCUUACUUAAAAUUCAGGACGUUGAAGAUCAACCGCCUGAGUUCAUUGCCAUGACUCCAGUUGCUAGAAUUAGCGAAAAUGCCAAGAUUGGAACUUCCGUUCUCCAAGUUCGAGCUAUCGACGGUGACAAAGGAAUAAAUAAUAGAGUUUCAUAUAGCAUCUCUGAAGGACCUAGAUAUCUUUUCGACAUUGACGCUAAUUCGGGUCUUGUUUUCACACGCGCCCAAUUAGAUAGAGAAGCUGAAGACAAUGGUGAUGGGACAUUUAUCUUGGAAAUAACUGUUAAAGAAAUUUCUCGAGUUGUUCCAACGCCUUCAGUAACCACAGAAGUAACUAUUAUUCUCACGGAUGUUAAUGACGAAACUCCAAGAUUUCGAAGUGAUCGUUAUGUCGCAGAAAUAAAUGAAAAUGCACCACCAAAUACACCUGUUAAUUUUAUCGGUGAUUCAAUACCAGAAGUUUAUGAUCAUGAUCUUGGUAGUAAUGGUACAUUUCAAAUGUUUAUUGACGAUAAUAGUGGUAUAUUUGAAGUAACACCAUCUCGGGGUAUUAAUGAAGCACCAUUUUUAAUACGCGUUAAAAAUCCAACAGAAUUGGAUUUUGAACAACGAUCAGUAAUCAACUUUACACUUGUUGCUAAAGAAAUAGCUUUAUUUCAUCCCAAAUUCAGUGUUGUGCCAGUAACAGUUUAUAUAAAAGAUCAAAAUGACAAUUAUCCAGAAUUUACAAAACCUAUAUACGAAGUUAGUAUACCAGAAAAUUGUCCAGUUGGAACUACAGUUGCGUGGGUUCAGGCGUUAGAUAAUGAUAGUGGUAAUUACGGAAGUUUAGGAAUCAGAUACACUAAUUUGGGUGGAAGUAUCGCAUACGCAUUAAAGUUAAAUUCAACAUCCGGUGUUAUUACGGUGAAACAAACAGGCCCGGGCUUUGACCGCGAACUUGUAGCCCGGCAUUAUCUCACGGUCGAAGCUCGUGAUGACCUCGGUAAGGGAAACCGCAAUACAGUACAGCUGGUAGUUAAUAUUGAUGAUGUCAAUGACAAUCCACCUGUAUUUCUACAAAAUAAAUAUGAAGCUGUAUUAUUAGAGAAUAAACAAAAGUUUGAAUUGCCAAUAACCGUUGAAGCAUUUGAUAUUGAUUUAAAUGCAACUAAAAAUUCAGAAAUCGUUUAUUCAUUAGUUUCGAGUGAAUUUUCACGUAAUUUUACAAUCGAUUCUAAAAAAGGUACGAUUAAACCUGCUAACCCUAUGGAUUUCGAAGCAUUGCCAAUGAUUCCCGGGCAUCGAGAAGCGUCCAUUCGUCCACUUAAAUUAAUCGUUAGAGCUCGAGAUUUAGGCACGCCAAGUUUAAGUUCAGAUGUACCAUUUAUUGUUUACUUAAAAGAUGUAAAUGAUAAUGAACCAAUGUUUGAACGUGCUAUUUACCAAAAAAAUAUUCCCGAAGAUCUUACAGGUGGAACAAGUAUUUUACAAGUAAAAGCGUGGGAUAAAGACUUAUCGUCACCAAAUAAUAAAUUAGUUUAUCGUAUUCAAAAUGGUGCUGGUGAUAAAUUUGUCAUAAGUCCUGAGAGUGGAACUAUUAAAGUUGCACCAGGAUCAAAUUUAGAUCCUGAUUUAACGUCACCAAAAACAACAAAAUAUACAUUAACAGUCGUUGCGAUUGAUAGUGGAACAAAUAUCCAAAGAUCAGCUCAAGUAUUAGUUAAUAUUACAAUUAUUGAUGUUAAUAAUAAACCACCAGUUUUUAUUGAUCCUGGUACUGUUUCUAUAAGAGAAAAUACACAAGUUGGUGCGUAUGUUCAUCGUUUGGUUGCUAUUGAUCCAGAUAUUGCACCAAUUUUACGCUAUAAAAUCGAUCCGAAUUCAUCGGAAGCGCGUAAUGAAGAAGGUACUCUAAUUCGUAUUCAAGAGUAUGAUUACUUAGCCGCUUUUGAGCUCAAUGCUCUGGAUGGUCUUUUGAGAGUUGUAAAACUGUUAGAUCGUGAAAGAGUUGAAACAAUAAAAUUAGGCCUUAUUGUUGAAGAUUUAGCUGCUGUAAAGGGAAUUCAAACAGCAUCUACCACACUAAAUAUUCUUAUUGAAGAUGAAAAUGAUAAUAAUCCAAAAUUUCGACGACCAUUUUACAGACGUUCUGUUAUGGAAAAUAGUAAAAAUGGUGUCCACAUUGCUAGUAUUGUUGCUGAUGAUCCCGAUAAAAAUCGUACAAUAACGUAUUUACUAGAAGGUCCAGUUGAAAUUACUGAUCUCGUACAUUUAGAUUCAGAAACUGGUGAAAUGGUUGUGUCCAAUAAAAUAGAUCGUGAAUUAUAUUCCUGGUUUAAUCUAACUGUACGUGCUACUGAUUCUGGUAUACCACUAAGAUCCAGUUUGUCUGAAAUUUACGUACAAAUAUUAGAUGAAAAUGAUAAUAAUCCGUAUUUUAUAACCGAUGUUAAUAAUAUAACGAUUAUGGAAAAUACAAAAAUAGGUACGGAAAUAGCACAAAUUGAGGCUCGAGAUCCUGAUAGUGGUGAUUAUGGUAAAAUAACAUAUUUACUAGAUCAUAUUUCGUCACAUGGAAGAUUUACCAUCCAUCCAGAAACAGGCGUAUUGUCUAUAGUCAAUACAAUUGAUUGGGAAUCAAAGAGUAGUUAUAUAGUAAUAAUUGAAGCAUGGGACAAUUAUCAAUUUGGCUAUACAUCUGGUGAGUCAAGAAAUGCAUUUAAACAAAUUGAAAUAAUAGUUGAAGACGUUAAUGAUAAUUCACCUAAAAUAGAGUUACCACAAAAGUGCGUUACAAUAUCUGAAUUUCAUGAUACUCGGGAUACAAUAGCAACUAUUAAAGCAACAGAUGCUGAUAAUCCAUCAAGUCCUAAUGGACAAGUAAUGUUCAGAAUUCUUACAGGCAAUGAAAUGGGUUUAUUUAUUUUAGAACAAAUCGAUUAUUGGACAGCUAAAAUAAAAGCUGUGAGUUCAUUGAGAGGAAAAUUUGGAAAUUAUUCAAUACUUUUAGAAGCACGUGAUCUAGGAUCACCAUUCAAUCAAGAUAUUAAAUACUUAGCGAUAUGUGUUACUGAUUAUAAUGACAAUCCUCCAGUAUUUUUGAGUCCUCAGCAUAAUACAACAAUACGUGUACUAGAAAAUGUAACUGUUGGGUCAACGAUAAUUCAAGUUGAAGCUAAAGAUGCUGAUAUUGGACUAAAUGGAGAAGUUCAUUAUCGAUUAAAGCAAGAUCUUGCUGGUCAUUGGAGAACGUUUAGUAUUGAUGAUAAAACUGGAGUUAUAACACUCAAACAACCAUUAGAUCGUGAGACUCAAAAAAUGUAUGAGAUAAGAAUUGAAGCUUAUGAUCUUGGUACACCAACACCUUUGAGCACCGAUUUAGAUCUUAUUAUCUAUGUACGAAAUAUUAAUGAUUAUGAACCGCAAUUUUUAGUAGAUGUAUUUACAAUAUCAUUUACAGAAGAAAAACCAGCAGGUUCUGAAGUUAUUGAUCUACCAGAAACAAUUGACAGAGAUGAAGUUGAUGAUUUAGAUGAUCCGCCUACUCAAGUUUGCUAUUUUAUCGUAGGUGGUAAUAACGAUGGUUACUUUACCUUAGAUACUUUUAAUCAUAAACUCACUACUGCCAAAAAAUUAGAUCGGGAAUCACAAGAAGAACAUUUAUUACUCAUCAAAGCAACUGAAGAUUGCUCAUCAGUUCCAGCAAAUGAAAGUUUUUUUGAUUCAGCUGAUGAUACUUUAUUAAAAGUUGUUAUCACUGUCAAUGAUAUUAAUGAUAAUCCGCCGAAAUUUGUCAGCAAAAUUUUUACUGGCGGUGUAACUACAGAAGCAGAUUUUUCUACUGAAGUUAUUCAUAUAAAGGCAAUUGAUUUGGACGCGGGAGAUAACGCCGCUGUAAGUUACUAUCAAGUUGGAAAAAUUCAUAUGACUUUAACGGAAGGUCUAGAUGACAUAAAUAUCCAGCCUUUCUUAGUAGACAAACUGAGUGGCGCAAUUACAUUAAAUUUUGAUCCUCAACCACGAAUGAAAGGUUAUUUUGAUUUUAUGGUCCUUGCUAAUGAUACAGACGGUCUUAAAGACACAUCACGAGUAUUUAUUUAUUUAUUAAGAGAAGAUCAAAGAGUUCGCUUUGUGUUAAGACAACAUCCACCAGAAGUUCGAAAUAGGAUUGAUAACUUUCGAGAAAUACUUGGGAAUGUAACAGGAGCAAUAGUAAAUGUAGAUGAGUACAAAGUUCAUGAAAAUCAAGACGGUUCUGUUGAUCGUACGAGAACGGAUCUUUAUCUUCACCUAGUAAAUCGCCGAGAUAAUUCAAUUUUAGACGUAUCAGAAGUUCUUGAAUUAGUAGAUCGUAAUAUUGAAAAAUUGGACGGUUUAUUUAAAGAUUUCAAUGUUUUGGAUACACAACCAGCUGAAUCACAACCAAUUGUUCAAUAUGAACAAGCCGGAACAACGUUCUGGCUUUUAGUAUUAACUCUAUUUCUUGGUGCACUAUUAAUUUUGUGCAUUGCUCUGUGUUUAUCACAAAGAGCUUCAUUUAAACGACAACUAAAAGCUGCCAAUGCAUCACCUUUCACUACUAACGAUUCUGAAUUCAUACGUGGUCCAGGAAGAGUUCCAAAUACUAAUAAACAUAGUGUAGAAGGAUCAAAUCCUAUUUGGAUGCAUGCUUAUGAGAAUGAAUGGUUCAAAAGUGAUGAAUCAUUCAGUCAUAAUUCCGAUCGUGAUUCGCUCGAUGAAAAUGCCUUAAAUAAUGAACAAGUAAUUAAUGAAGCAAGUUCUGGCGAAAGAAUUACCAAUGAAAAUCCAUACUAUACUCAACCGGGACCAGCUUCAAUAUCUAGCGUUGAAAGUAUAACAGCCAAUCAAAGUGAAUCCUAUCGAGAAUCUCCAAUAUACCAACACCAAAAUCCAGUACUAAAUAAUCCUCUCGGUAAAAAAAUCGAAACUACUGAGCUAUAAUUUAUUAUAUUUUAAUAAAUAAAUAAAUUGUUGUAAAUAAUUCGUAAUUUUUGUACUUAACAUUUAUUUAUACCGUAAUAUAUUUUGAGUCUCCGAAGAUUCAGACAUUGACUCAGGAUACAGUAGUUCAUAUGUAGAUAAGAAAUCGCUCUUUGAUAAUCUAAUCUAUAAAUAAUUUAACUGUACCAAUUGUACUAUUUUUAUUUAUGAAAAAAAAAUAAUUCAAAUUUAUAAAAUAUUCCAUCGGUGAAGAAUAUUAAAUUAUUGAAGUGUGAAAAUAAAUUUUGUACAUGUUUUUUGUAAAUGUUUAUGAACAAAUAAAAUUUUAAAAAAUACUUAUAUGAUAUAUAUGUGUAUGAAUACGUUUUACAGUACACUGAAGAAAUCGAUAUAGAUGAUUUACUGUAGUGAAUGCAACAUGUCGCAUGGCUACUUGUAACGCACACGCGACAAAAAUAAAAUAGGUCAUCCCAUAAUUUUUUAUGGUAUAAUUAUAUUUAUUAAAUAUUCAAUCCAAUCAAGAAAAAACUCACAAAUUAUUAAAUUAAUUU